AUGUACGAAGACCCAACAUGGGAUGCGACGCCGUGUUUGUGGCUCGAGGAGUGGUGUUUUUCGACAACGUCUGCAAGGCUCGCAUUGAAGAUCGAUCUUCAUGUCCUUCUUCCCCUACUUUUCCUCAACUUCUUCUCUUUGAUGGGCAGGACGAACAUUGGAACAGCCUUGAUUCAGAAGCUUCCUACCGAUUUGAAGCUCAAGGCCACGGAUAUCUUUGUCGCUAUCGUCCUUGCAUUCGUCCCUUUGAUUGUGCUGGAAAUCCCGAGCAAUGUUCUCAUGCGCACACUCGAGAAAAGGAUUGGACUCGGAUACAUCAGAUACCUCGCUAUCAUGACCGCGUUCCUUGGGAUUGUUACAAUUGGACAAGCUUUCGACCAGACGAAAUCGGACCUUUUCGCGACUCGACUUGUUCUGGGGAUAUUCGAUGCUGGACUGCUCCCCGGUUCCGUCUUCGUAUGCUCGUUAUACUAUCCUGGUAUCCAUCUGCAGUGGCGGAUGGCUAUGAUUAUGAUUGCAAACAUCUCCUCGAACGCUACAGCAAAUAUUCUGGCUUAUGCCAUUGCACAUAUCUCAACCACGAGCUCGAAUCAUUGGCACGGGUGGAGAUGGAUCUUCUUGGUCGAAGGUUGCCUCACAUUCGGUAUCAGUGUCAUCGCGUGUUACUCUUCCACUGCUCGUCCAGAGACCGCCAACUUCCUCACUCAGGAGGAGAAGACAAUCGUUGCUCGUGAUGUGCAGUGCACCGAGACUACCAUCGGCGUCGCUGCGGAACUCAAGAUCUUCUUCAGCAACAUCCUCAAUUACAUUUGGGCAGCAACGUUGGUGUUCACAGCUUCAACCACCUACUCAGUAGCCCUUUUCGCACCUUCAUUCGUCGAAGCCUUCCACCCCAAAUACACAGUCCCCCAAGUCCAAGGACAGGUCGUACCAAUCUUCGUUGUCUCCGCCGCUUGUUGCGCGAUCACAGCCUUCCUCGCAGAUCGUUAUCAACACCGUAUCAGCUUCGCUCUAGGUGGUUAUCUUUUUACUACUAUCGGCUUCGCUAUCCUUCGUCAAUCAAAGCUUCCUGCGCCCAGUAUAUCCAUGCUCGGUCUCUACUUCGUCAGCAUGGGAACCUACGUCUCGAUGCCCAUGGUAUGGAGCUUAGCACUCGCCAACCUUCCAUCCCCGUUCCAAAAGGCCAUCGGUGUAGGAUUUGUCAUCGGAAUUGGAAACGUGGGAGCUUUCACUUCUGCUUGGUUCUUUCGAAGUGCCCAGGCUCCGAGAUAUCACUCUGGAAUGACCAAUUCUCUCAUCUUCUCUGUGCUUGCAUUUGCUUUGGUUUCUUGCGCCGCGGGCUAUAUCGUUGGCGCAAAUAAGAGGAGUGAUAAAUCUGCGAGCAGAAGGAGGUGCAAAGAAACAGAGUUCAUUGGCUUCUAG